CUCUCAGCUCCCUCCCCCUUCCUCUACCAGAGAGAGACAAGGGGAGGGGGCAGGCAGCGCAUCAUCUGGCAGCUUCCUCCCGCUAAACCCUUUAGGCACCGGCACCAGCAGCAGCCUGCACCGAGUCAUCCCUGGCCGCUCCACCUCCUCCAGCCUCUGGAGACGUGUCCUGCGCUCCCCGGAGAUCUCAGCAGAUCCUCCCCACCUCCUCCUCCUCAGGAGCUUUCGCUUUGUGUGUGUGAGACUUAGAACAUCGUCGCUCCCGGAGCAGAUCUCCUUCUACUUCCCCUCCUACAUCCCCAGCACGGAUUAUAAGCCCCCUCCUUAGGAGGAACAGGAAAAGGGGGAUCUGGUUUCCCUCCAGACGGCGCUGAGAUUUUCCAGCUUCUUCAUCCUCCCCUCAUCAUCAUCAUCAUCACCACCAGCUUCAUCUGUUCCUGGUCAACUUCUGGCGACUCCUGCUAUUGCCUGAACUAGUUGGAUCUGCUGGGCUUUUUCAUCAGGCAGCAGACCUCCUCCUCCUUGCCCCCACAUCAUGAGGCUGACCAGAAAGCGCUCGGGUCCAGGAGGUGGCCAGCAAGAGCUGACCAGGCCGGUCAAGAACCCCUUUGUGCAUGACCUGCGCUUCACCCCACUGCAGAAAGCCAAAAUCGUCUUCAUGACGUUGACUUUGUUCCCCAUCCGUCUGUUUUUUGCGGCAUUCAUGAUGCUUCUGGCCUGGCCAUUUGCCUUUGUUGCUGCUAUGGGCCGUACGGGGAAAGAGCUUGAACAACCUAUGUCCUGGUGGGCAAAGUUUUUGGACAUUUCGUUAAAAGUUAUAAUGCGGACAAUGUGGUUUGCUGGUGGCUUUCAUUGGGUGACUGUAAAGGGAAGACAAGCCUUGCCUGCAGAAGCUCCGAUUCUCACUCUGGCUCCACACUCUUCCUAUUUUGAUGCCAUUCCAGUAACUAUGACAAUGGCUUCCAUUGUCAUGAAGGCUGAAAGCAAAGACAUUCCUGUUUGGGGAACAUUAAUUAAUUUUAUUCGACCAGUGUUUGUUUCCCGCUCUGAUCAAGAUUCUAGGAAAAAAACAGUAGAAGAAAUCAGGCGACGAGCCCAGUCAAAUGGUAUUUGGCCACAGGUAAUGAUCUUCCCAGAAGGAACAUGCACCAACAGAUCCUGUCUGAUUACCUUCAAACCUGGUGCAUUUAUUCCUGGGGUCCCUGUACAACCAGUAGUUUUGAGGUACCCCAACAAAAUGGACACAAUAACCUGGACAUGGCAAGGACCAGGAGCAAUGGACAUACUAUGGCUUACGUUAUGUCAGUUCCACAAUUAUGUAGAAAUAGAGUUUCUUCCUAUUUAUACUCCAUCUGAGGAGGAGAAGAGGAACCCUGCCCUGUAUGCAAACAACGUAAGACAUGUCAUGGCCAAAGCCUUGGGUGUGUCAGUCACAGACUAUACGUUUGAAGACUGCCAGUUGGCCCUAGCUGAAGGACAGCUCCGUCUCCCAUCAGAUACAUCUCUCCUGGAAUUUGCAAGACUUGUUAGAAGUCUGGGCUUAAAACCAGAGAAGCUUGAAAAGGAAUUGAAACAGUUCUCUGAAAGUGCUAAAAAAAGAAAUGGGGAAAAAAUAAACUUAAAUGAAUUUGCAGACUACUUAUCUGUUCCAGUAACAGAGAAAUUAGAGGACCUUUUUGCCUUAUUUGAUGAGAACGAAGAGGGUGUCAUUGACCUACGGGAGUAUGUAAUUGCAUUGUCUGUUGUAUGUAGACCUUCCAAGACAUUAGAAACCAUUCAGCUGGCUUUUGAGAUGUACCAGUCAGAAAAUGACAAAACUAUAGUAGAAGAUGAGCUGGCUGUGAUUUUGAAGACUGCGCUGGGAGUCUCGGAACUGAAUGUAACAGAUCUUUUUAGAGCAAUAGAUGAGGAGGAGAAGAGUAAAAUCACAUAUGUGGACUUUGACAGGUUUGCUGCUUUGAAUCCACAAUUUGCUGAAAUGUUUCUUUAUCCAAAUAUGAUGGACUCUGAAGCUUGUGUAGACAGCUCUUCUGUUACUGCCCCUAAUGGUUUCUGUACUGAUUUCACACCUGAAGAUAUGGAAGAAUACCACAAUGAAAAGAAGAAGCUGAACUAAAACUGGAACUUCAUCUCCCUCUCCUGGUGAGGGGCAUAUAUGUAUUGUACCUCUCAACAUAGUUAAACCCAGCUAUAUUUUUGUUUUUAUCUUUGACACUUUUCAUUUUUUGUUGUUUUUGGUUAUUUGGUUUGUGUUCUUAAGUACAAUCAGAAAUAUUUGAAAAGCAAGGAUGGAUUUUGAUCUGAAUAACUUCAUGGGGGGGGGUGGGGGGGGGUCAUGUGUGUAAACUAUAAACUGGAUAGGAGACAAUGAUGGUGUUGCACAUGGUAACCAAACACUGAAGCUCAGUGAAGUAUAUUCUAAUUUUCACACCUACCCCACGGUGUGUGCUGUGAUAUAAGCGACAGAUGCCAGAAAGCCUUAAAAAAGUUCCUUUCUUAUAAAAGAGUUAAAGGGGUUGAUCGACCCCAAAAGCAAUUUAGCUAUGGCCCUGAAAGUGUGUAAGUAAA